AUGUUGAGGACAAUAGAAUUCGAAUUGAAUAUGUUGUACAACUUAAUGUAUAAAAAAUAUAUAUAUUUAUGUUGUAUGCUUUUUGUAAAUGGAUUGUUUUUUAUUACCUUUUUUCGCUUUAUUUUGCUCAAUUUUACACAUUUUAAGAGGAAUUCAUUUUUUGGAGUGCAAGCCGUUGGUAAAACAAGCAUUUUAUAUCAAUGUGUAUAUAAUAGCUUUAAUGAAAUAUAUGAUCCAACCAUUGAAGAUACUUUUCGAUACUUUUUAACACUGGACCGGACUGUUUUUGACAUUACAUUCAUCGACACAUACUAUCCCGAAGAGUUUAGUGCCCUUACAGAUUGUUACAUUAUGCGCAGUGACCUUUGUAUCAUUGCAUAUUCAAUCACGGACAAACCAUCAUUCGAUGAAGUCAUAAAUUUAGUCGCACGUGUUAAUAACACACGAAAAGAAAAAACGAUGAAACCUCUGCCAAUCGCACUUUGUGGAAAUAAAUGUGACUUGGAGAGUUCAAGACAAGUACCUUUUGAAAAAGGGCAAAUUCUGUCUGAAGAGAUUAAAGCCCUGUUCUUCGAAACUUCAGCAAAGAGUAACAUUAAUGUUAAAGAAAUGAUUUGCAAUUUGAUCGCCAACUUUAAUUUGAGUCAAGAAAAAACAAACUUUGAAAUAUCCGAAGAAGACGAAGCACUUAAAAAAACAAAAAAUGGUAUAUACAAAAACAAAGAAAAGAAAAAAUGUGUGUUAAUGUAA